AUUUUUAUCACCUACUUCUGUCAUCAGGUGAUUGGGAUUGGCAGAUUUUAGAAGAAAUCCUGUAGGGAUAAAUUUAAUAAAUCCCAUAUUAAAAUGUCUGGAAAAGAUAAGCUAGCGAUUUUCCCUUCACGGGGUGCUCAAAUGUUGAUAAAGGGCCGUCUGGCUGGAGCAGUGAAAGGUCAUGGUCUACUAAAGAAGAAAGCUGAUGCUUUACAAGUCAGAUUUCGUAUGAUACUGAGCAAAAUUAUUGAGACAAAAACCCUUAUGGGUGAAGUUAUGAAAGAAGCUGCAUUCUCACUGGCAGAGGCAAAGUUUACAACAGGGGACUUCAAUCAAGUGGUGCUGCAGAAUGUCACUAAGGCUCAAAUCAAGAUUCGCUCCAAAAAAGACAAUGUUGCUGGUGUCACACUUCCGAUCUUUGAGUCUUACCAAGAUGGCUCUGAUACAUAUGAACUGGCGGGGCUUGCUCGAGGUGGUCAGCAGUUGGCCAAGCUGAAGAAGAACUUCCAAACUGCUGUUAAGCUGCUGGUCGAGCUUGCAUCACUGCAGACAUCUUUCAUUACUCUUGAUGAGGUCAUCAAGAUCACUAACAGACGUGUCAAUGCUAUUGAACAUGUAAUCAUUCCACGAUUGGAACGUACAUUGGCCUACAUUAUCUCCGAGCUGGACGAACUGGAACGUGAGGAGUUCUACCGGCUGAAAAAGAUCCAGGACAAGAAGAAAAUCAUCAAAGAUAAAGCUGAGGCGAAAAAAGCCGAACUUCUAGCGGCUGGCAAAGAAGUCCGCGGCAUCGCUAACCUUCUAGACGAAGGGGAUGAGGAUCUUCUCUUCUAAGUUCUUGCAUGCACGAUACACUCCGUACAGUAGAUAGAAAAGCGGCACUGUUGGCAGCCGGAGAGGAUGUUCGUGAUCAAUCGAAUCUUCUUGAUGAACAAGAGGACGAUGUUCUCUUCUAAAUUCCAUAAUAA